AUAAGGUAUGAGACUGCCAGCGAUCUUUCCUGGCUCCUUUCUGUUUUUCAGAGAAGUGUGCUUGCAUCAAUACUUUGCUUGACAACCGCCAUAAUAGAAGAAAUACCAAGCAGAAUCGAGACUGACUGAUGUCCUGAAGAUGGAGGAUUGGGAUCUGAAGAAGGACACAGCAGAACCUCCAGGACCCAGCUGUCUGUCUGCAAGGACUGACAAUUCCAAAGACGUACCUCCAAAAUUCAGUAAUGAGCCUGUGCCCUCAGACACAAAAAGGAGGAAGAGGAGCAGCACUGGUGUGCAGGAGCAGCCAUCCUGCUGUGCUUUGUGUCAAAAGGUUCUGAUGGAUCCAGUCUCUACCAGCUGCGGACACUGGUUCUGCAGACAAUGCAUUGGACCUUAUGGUGACCAGUCUGCUCCAUCAGGACCCUCCUCCUGCCCUCAGUGUUGGAAACAACUCAAAGUAGGAGCUGGACCCCUGAUAGCCAAUCAGAGCAUCUGUGCACCAGCAUAUGUGGGUUUGCAGGAGGUUUUACAGGAACAUAAGAUGAGUCUGAGGAAGAGAUAUGAAUGUGUGACUGAAGGAUGUGAUGAAAUAGGAAGUAAAACCCUCCUCAACAGGAUCUACAUUGAAGUCUAUAUCACAGAGGGACAGAGUGAAGAGGUAAAUACCCAACAUGAGGUGAUGCAGCUGGAGGCAGUUUCCAAGAUCCAGAAGCUCCAUGACAUUCCAAUCAAGUGCCAUGACAUCUUUAAAGCUUUACCUGGCCAAGAUGUAGCCAUCAGAGUGGUUCUGACCAUCGGUGUCGCUGGGGUUGGAAAAACCUUCUCAGUGCAGAAGUUCACUCUGGACUGGGCAGAGGGCUUGGAGAACCAAGAUGUCAAUAUGGUGGUUCUGCUUUCGUUCAGGGAGCUGAACCUGAUCAAAGAUGUGCAGCACAGUCUUCUCACGCUGCUCCAUGUUUUCCAUCCAACACUCCAGAAGCUCCCAGCUGAAAAGUUGGCCGACUGGAAAACUCUCUUCAUCUUUGAUGGCCUGGACGAAAGCAGACUUUCACUGGACUUUAACAACAGUCAGUUGGUUUCUGACAUCACACAGAAGUCAUCAGUCAGUGUUCUGCUGAUAAACCUCAUCAAGGGGAACCUGCUUCCCUCGGCUCUCAUCUGGAUAACUUCCAGACCUGUAGUGGCAAAUCACAUCCCUCCUUCAUGUGUUUCCAGGGUAACAGAAGUACGAGGUUUCACUGAUGCCCAGAAAGAGGAGUACUUCAUUAAGAGGUUCAGUGCUGAAGAGGUGUCCAGCAGAAUCAUCUCCCAUAUAAAGACCUCCAGGAGCCUCCACAUUAUGUGUGUAAUCCCAGUGUUCUGCUGGAUCACUGCUACGGUUCUGGAGGACAUGUUGAGCACAGAGCAGAAAGGAGAGCUGCCCAAGACCAUGACUGACAUGUACUCACACUUCUUGCUGGUCCAGACAAAGAGGAAGAAGAGCAAGUACCAUAAAGGACAUGACCCAAGUCCACAUGAGCUGAUGGAGGCUGAAAAGGAAGUUAUUUUGAAGCUGGGGAGGCUGGCAUUUGAACAGCUAGAGAAAAGAAACAUUAUGUUCUAUGAAGAAGACCUGAAGCAGUGUGGUCUGGAUGUCACAGAGGCCUUGGUGUACUCAGGAGUUUGUACAGAGAUCUUCAAAAAAGAGAGUGUGAUCCUCCAGAAAUCAGUCUACUGCUUUGUUCAUCUGAGCAUUCAGGAGUUUCUGGCUGCAGUCCACAUGUUCCACUGUUUCACCAGCAGGAACAUAGAAGUGAUGGAGAUAUUCCUGGAACAAAAAUACAGUGAAAUGUUUCUGGAUGAGUUCAUGAAAAAAGUCACAAUGAAAUCCCUCUGCAGUAAAAAUAGUCACUUGGACCUGUUUGUUCGCUUCCUUCAUGGCCUCUCUGUGGAGUCCAACCAGAGACUCUUAGGAGGCUUGCUGGGUCAGACAGAGACCAGUCCCAAAACCAUUCAGAGAGUCAUCAAGAACCUGAAGGAGAUGAACACUGAUGAUAUAUCUCCUGACAGAAGCAUCAACAUCUUCCACUGUCUGAUGGAAAUGAAUGACGUCUCAUUUUAUCUGGAGAUUCAACAACUCCUGAAUUCUGGGAAGGAGCUCUCAGUGAUGCAAUGCUCAGCUCUAUCUUACAUGCUGCAAAUGUCAGAUGAAGUUCUGGAUGAAUUGGACCUGGAAAAGUACAACACAUCAGAGAAGGGACGACUGAGACUGGUUCCAGCUGUGAGGAAUUGCAGAAAGGCUCGACUUGUUGCCUGCAGUCUCUCAGAGACAGAGUGUGAAGUUGUGGUCUCGGCUUUGAAUUCCAAUCCCUCCCAUCUGACUGAACUAGAAAUACGUGAGAUUGAUGGACUUAAAGACGCUGGAAUGCAGCAUCUGUGUGAGAUCCUGGAGAGUUCAGUCAGUAAAGUGGAGAUUCUUAGAUUGAGUAACUGCAGCUUGACAGAGCUCAGCUGGGCUUCUCUGGCCUCAGCUCUGAAGUCCAACGCCUCCCAUCUGACAGAACUGGCUCUGAGCAACAACAUCCUGAAAGAUGCUGGAGUAAAGGACCUCUGUGAUUUUCUACAGAGUACUGAUUGCAAAGUACAAAAACUGAUAUUGGAGGAGUGUAGUUCAUCAGAGAUCAGUUGUCCUUCUCUGGCCUUGGCUUUGAAGGCCAACCCUUUCCAUCUGACAGAACUGGACCUGAGUGGAAACGACCUGGAAGUUGCCGGAACAAAGGAGAUCUGUGGUUUUCUACAAACCCCUUCCUGUAAAAUAAAGAGAUUGGGAUUGACAGAUUGCGGGUUGACAGAAAUCAGCUGUGCUUAUCUGGCCUCAGCGCUGAAGUCCAACCCCUCCCAUCUGACAGAACUGGGCCUGAGCAGCAACAAAGACCUGAAAGAUGCUGGAGUAAAGGAGAUGUGUGGUUUUCUUCAGACUACUGACUGCAUAAUACAUAGUCUGAGCUUGGUGUGGUGCGGUUUGUCAGAGGUCAGCGUUAAUUAUCUGGUCACAGCUCUGAAGUCCAACCCCUCUUGUCUGAUUUACUUGGACCUACGAGGAAACGGCCUUAAGGACUCGGCUAUUCAGCAGCUGAAGGCUCUUGUAAAGACUGUGAGGGCGAGGUCUUAGUGAAGGAGAGGAGCUGAGCUGUGUCCUGAUGAUCCUGAGUGGUCGAAGCUGCAGCAGUUUGAGUUUAAAGAAACAUUGUCAUGAUGAAGAACUUUGCGUUGAAGUAUUUUGACUUUUUGUCUGAUAUUUUUUUUCUCUAUGGAUAAAUGAAUAUUAAAGUUAAAUUCAACUCCAUUUUGGCUUCAUGGAGUUUUGAUCUGAACUUGAGUCGGCUGGAAAGUUGCUCUUGUUCUCACUGAUGUAUUUUUGUCCUGUAACAGAAAUGUGAAGUAAAGCUCAAUUCAACAUUU